AUGCCUCUGAAUCUAUUGGCAGAUGGCUUCGAGCGGGGUCUCUACAACAGUCCGUAUGUCUGGACUGCGGCCAAGGCAGCUGCAAUUAUCGGCCUCGUCGUCUUGUUGAAAGUCUACUUCGAGGGAGCAAAAUGUCGAUCGGAACGGGUGAUGCACGGGAAGGUGGUGAUGGUGACAGGAGGAACCUCAGGCAUCGGCGCUGCCGUCGUACAGGAGCUGGCCUCGAGAGGAGCCCAAAUCAUCCUCCUAACACACCAUGCACCUUCGGAUCCCUUCCUAGUUGACUAUAUUGAAGACGUACGGACACUGACCAACAACGAACUAAUAUAUGCGGAGCAAGUCGACCUCUCUUCCCUACAUUCGAUACGACUCUUCGCCACCCGAUGGGUGGACAACGCACCCCCGAGAAGAUUGGACAUGAUUAUUCUUUGCGCGAAUGUCAUGACACCAUAUUUUGGUUCCGGACAGAUAACGGUGGAUGGUCUGGAAGCUGAAUGGGCCAUCAAUUACCUGAGCACUUUCCAUUUGUUAAGUAUUCUCUCACCGGCCAUCCGAGCACAACCUCCGGAUCGGGACAUUAGGAUCCUGUUCAGUACAUGCAGUAGUUACAUCGGAGGCCAGUUGGACUUGAAGAACACCGACGUCGCCACAAAAUCCGGCAGCACUUCGUUUGCUAGAAGCAAGUUGGCGGUCAUGACUUUCGCACAUGCGUUUCAGAAACACCUUGAUGCAUACCAGCGUCCGGACAAGCAGCCCAACAAUGCUCGGGCCUUCAUCAUUGACCCGGGCUACUGCAGAACACCUGGCACGCGGCGCUGGCUGUCUGGCGGACUGAUCUGGGGACUCUUCUUCUACCUGUUUACAUGGCCUGUCUGGUGGCUGAUCCUGAAAUCUCCCGUUCAAGGAGCUCAGAGCUUCCUUUUUGCAGCAAUGGACGCAGAGUAUGGGCGAGGAUCUGGAGGGAAAAUGAUCAAAGAAUGCAGGGAGUACAAACCGCUACGACCCGAAGUGCAGAAUGAAGACGUGGCAAAGCAGCUAUGGCAAUUCAGCGAAAAACAAAUCGAGCAGCUGGAAAAGCAAGGCGCUGUCAAGAGGGCACUAGCAAAGAAAGAGGCGGAGCAGGUGAACAAGAAGAAAGGAAGCGAUACCACUGCGAAUGCUAAUGGUCAGACUUCUGGAGGAGAGAAAAAAGCUACCCCGGGAUCUAGGAAAAGUCGAAAGGCCAAAUGA